CUGCCAACCUCCCCCCCCCCCUUUUUCACCGCCCCCCUCCUCGCACACACGAAGCCUCCGGGAGGGAAAACGGCCAGGUGAAAUCUCCCUCUGUUUCCAUGGACAACCCGUCCAUUAUCACCCAGGUGACUAACCCCAAAGAGGAGGAGAUCCUGUCCUGCGCUCAGGAUAAAGUGUCCCAAUGUAAUAUCAGCUUGAAGAAGCAGAGGAGUCGAAGUAUCUUUAGCACCUUAUUCUGCUGCUUUCGUGACUACAAUGUCGAACCACCAUCUACCAACAGCACCAGUGCUCUUCCUCCUUUGGUGGAGGAGAAUGGAGGACUUCAGAAGGGUGACCAGAUGCAGGUCAUGCCUAUACCAAGUCCACCAGCUAAAUACCUCCUGCCAGAACUGACAGCGUCAGACUAUGGGAAGAAGUGUGUGGUCAUUGAUUUAGAUGAAACUUUAGUGCACAGUUCAUUUAAGCCAAUCAGCAACGCUGAUUUCAUCGUUCCCGUUGAAAUCGAUGGAACCAUACAUCAGGUGUAUGUAUUGAAACGACCACAUGUGGAUGAAUUUCUUCAAAGGAUGGGAGAGCUCUUUGAAUGUGUCCUCUUCACAGCAAGUCUAGCCAAGUAUGCAGACCCAGUGGCCGACUUACUGGAUCGCUGGGGUGUGUUCAGGGCAAGGCUAUUUAGAGAAUCCUGUGUUUUCCACCGGGGAAAUUACGUGAAGGAUCUGAGUCGGCUGGGACGUGAGCUGAGUAAAGUUAUCAUAGUGGAUAAUUCUCCUGCAUCUUACAUCUUCCAUCCUGAAAAUGCAGUGCCUGUGCAGUCCUGGUUUGAUGACAUGACAGACACAGAGCUGCUAGAUCUUAUUCCUUUCUUUGAAGGACUAAGCAAAGAGGAAGAAGUUUACAGUAUGCUUCAUAAACUCUGCAACAGGUAGCCCUUAACUUUGACUGACUUGUGCUACUAGGUUGCAGUUGCUAGAGGAUGUCUCCAUCUUUUUCAGCUCAUUCAAAUGUAAGCUUUGGGGAGGUCACUCCUGUCAGAAGUGCUACUCUCGAUCUUCCUGUUACAUUGGACACAAAGGACAAUCAUGAGUGAUGCUAUUAAGCCUUCAGAAGCCUGACUCCUAAGGUCACGUGUUCAGACUACUUUUUUUUUUUUUAAAUGAAAAAAAAAAAAAGAAAAAGAAAAAAAAAGAAAAAAAAAGGAAAAAAAAAAAGAAGCUAUUUUAAAUGGGACUCUUUUAAUGAAUUUCAUAAAUGGACAUCUUUUACUGGAUCAGCUUUUCUUAAAACAUGCCAAAAAAAAGAAGCUUGUAUUUCAGCAGUUGAAUUUCUCUCCCUUCUCUUCCCCUCCCACUAUGCAGACAAUUUUACCCCCCUGCUUAGAGCAGUUGACCUGACUCUGAAUUUUUUCUUACAGAAUGAAGUGCCUUUUUGAAUGUUAUUUUAAGAUAAAAAUUCAUUUUUGUAUAAGACUUAUUUCCAGACAUCUUUUAGUCUUGUAUUGUCUAAAUGCUUUAAAAGGAAAAAAGGAAAAAAAAAAAAAAAAAAGAAAAAAAAUUUAUAGAGCACUGUAAUAUAUAACAAAGGAAAAAAAGUUAAAAACAAAGAUGCUGGGUUCCUGUCUCCACGCUGACAUUAAGUUGUACUGCAUUUUGUCAUGCUCAGAAGGUUUAAGUGUUUGUGGGAGGGGGUGAUUUGGGUCACUGAUGCGGUUUAUGGAUACAGCUUUGAACAUAUCUGCAGUUGUUUUGAGUAUUAGGGAGUGACGGAAGUGAGAACAUAGGGUGACAAAUAGAUCCGAAGCACCUUUAAUUCUAGACAGAUGAAGUUCUGUUGUCUCUGCUUACGCACAACUGUCAUGCCUCUCAUCUUUUGGAAAAUGAUUAUCUUGGGAGAACGGGGAGGAGAUCUAUUUAUUAGUUCAGAAUUCUUUCCUUCAAAAGAGACCCCUCUGGGUAAGCUGAAUCUGUAUGGAGCUGUUUUGGAGUACUUUUUUUUCUUUUAAUUGCUGCUACUGUAUUCUCACCAAAUGGAGUUGACCAUCGGCUGUUAUACUGUUUUUGCCACUGUGCCUGUGCUAUGAAACAUUUUCUGUAAGCUGCAAACUUGGGCAAUAAAUAAAACGCAGGCUUCGUAACCUUUACGUAUUAAUCCUAUGGUAUUCCAGAGAUACCAGAGAACUCAGUAAAAGGUGACCUGCAAAGGAAAUUUUAUUAAUCUUCAUAUUAUUUGUGUCAGUUCAGAUGAAAUCCUCUUCUUUUUUUAUUGGUAUAUAAAGAAGCAAAAAAGUAUUUUUCCCUUAUCUGAUUCGUAUUUCUUCUUUUCCAAGGUGCAAUGUACAGGCAGGGAGCUAUGUCAGGUCUUCCCAGGAGGGCAGAAUAACCAGCCUAGAUUGUCUCUACAGUUCUCCUCUGCUUUGGGGCUGACUGAAUCUCACUCUGAAGCUGGAGUUCUGCUUAGCGUCUCUUCCUCUUAAGUGUCAUUGGUACACUGGGAUAACUUUGAAACUAUUUUAAGCCCUUUGAAGGAAAAUGCACUUAUUAUUUGUUUUCCUUUCCAGCGUCACCUUUUAACUUAAUUAUUUUCUGCACCUGAAUCUACACACGUAAAAUUUGCAGCUACAUUUGGUUGCCGCCAAAGUAAACCAAAUGAGAGGAGAUGGUGCUUCUAAUUAGCAUAGUGCUACAUUCUGAGCAGCAGAUCCCCCUUUGCCUUUCCCUUUCUUCUUGAAAAGUCUUGACAGACUUGGAGGGGAAAAAGAUAUAAAAGCAAAAGCGAUGGACUCAUCAUCCUUGUCUAACCCAUUGGUGAAGCAGCUUAAGGAAUCCAUUCAUAGAAGGGCAGACCAGCCUAUACAGGCAGCAAGUAGGUUGGUGUGGAUGCAGUGUGAGCUGGGGGAUGACCUGGCCCUCACAGUGAGGGUGAUAGAGGCAGCCCAGGGACACUUGUGAGUCUGUGUGGCGUCACCAUUUUGUUUCCUCACCAGCUGGCAUUACCUUAGUACUGUAUGACUCUGUGCCACAACAAAAGACAAAGCUGACACUUAAACGUACGAAAAACAGCAACAAUAGCAAAAGCAUACGUUGCUUGGGGAAAAAAAAAAAACAACAAAAAACCAACACAGCAUAUGGAUUCUGGUUAGUCCAUUAAUGUCGACUUUCAGUUUGAGAUGAUUGUUUAAUUUUGUAUUUGAAUUCAGAGCAAUGAAACCGUAAGCUGCCAAAAAGCUGUUGUCUGAGCAGUAUUUUCAACUGUGUUUGUAGCUCCUGUGUUACAGAUGCAGUUUGCAGGGAAGUAUUCAGGUCGUAGUUAGUUGUGCAGGUAUGAUAGGAAUGGCUGAAAAUAUUCAAAGACUUUCUCGCUAGCAUUAGACCAAACAAUCUUCCAAUUAGACAAUGAGUAACCCCCCGAGACGUCCCCGUUUUACGGUUGUAACCUGUUACGUGUGAGAUGAACGUGUUGUUAGUUUGCAUUUACGAAAGCAGCAAUUUCAUGAACCAGUUGCCUUAAGUCUGUGAAUGAAUGUUGAUUAUCCAAGUGUCUUGUAUCGUUUUCCAAUCCACAUAGAAUGGACAACUGAACUUCUGUUCCAGGUUCUGGAUGAACGGUUCCGAUGCCGCUCUGUACAGCCCCACUUGUUCUGUAUUGUUUAGUUCAGCUCUUGAAAUGCACAAAUUUCCAGAGGGAAAAAAAAAACAAAAACAAAAAAAAAAACCAAAAAACAUUAUUUUAACCGAGCAAAGCAUUAAAACUUGGUGCCAAUACAAAGGGGUGAAACCUAGCAACAGUUUUGAUCUCCGCUAACAUUUGAGGAUUCUUUUCUGUAAUGUCUGCUGUAGGUUUGUUGGUCUUGUUAUAAACUGGGGCUUUUUCAUUUGUUGGUUGCUUUUUUCUUUAAUUCAUUCCCAUUGAAAUAAAACAUGGAGUGUUCAGAGCUUUCCUGGCUAUUCAGUUUAGGGCAAAGGGAUCAAACCACCACAUUUGUUUAUUGUGUAAGAAUCCAUGUUUUUAAGUUAGCACGAAUAUCCACGCACUGUGUGUUGAAAGCAUCUAGAAUCUAACAAAGCAAUAUAGUUCUCUCCACAAAGCCAGAGAAACGAGGGGAAUGUCUGCAAGAUUUGCAAUACGGGUAUUUGAUUGUAUUAUAAAUACAAGAUCUCAACAAAUCAAAACAGGAGCGAAAAAGGUUUUCCUAAAGCUCUCACGUUAUUUCCAAGUGCAGUUAAAUGCAGACAGGGCUGGCGCUCACCCUGGUUCUCAGCUGCAUUAGCAGAGAAACAUUAAGGAGUCUUUUCCAGUUGGUCGUUCAGUCCAGCGAAAGCAGUGCUGCCUGACCUGAAGUUCCGUUGUCCGUUUUGUGUUGGGUUCACAAAGGUUUUUUUGCCUGUUAUGGGUAUUUUUUAAUUAAGCUGUAAGGCAGAAUGCCAUCGAUCCUUGAAACUCAACCGAAGCGUUACGGUUAAAUCUCCAUGUGUAAACUUAGGGCUGUGCAUGGAAUAUUCGUCCACCACCGAUGGGAGAUGGCAGCAGCGUGCUGUGCUCAUCGAGGCGGCUUCGGAGGAGUAAUCUGUUGUUCAGCCCUUCAGUCUUUCUUAAGCAGCAGAGUCAUACGUGGAAGAAACUCAACACCUGGAGAGACGGGGCUACCAGUGAAAGCGGUCACUUCAUCAUCACAGCGUGAUUCUGAUGAGCCUGGUUGGGGACAACGCAUGGAAAGGACAGCGGUGUGUGCUGAUGUUACAGCUUUGGAAAUGUCAGUGUAAAAACAAAACAAACAACCACCACCAACAACAAAACCCACAAACUUGUAGCUAUAUGAUUUCCAAACACGUAAUCCUCUGUUUUACGGAUUCUUUUUAACUAAUAAAACACAGUACCGCACAGCCCUGUUUGUAAAACAAAACCCAGUUUGUGCCUCUGAUUUCCAAGGUGCUGUGAUGUGUGCCUUUGUGGGGCAGGAGGGCAGGUGAGGCGCGGGGCCGUCGCCGCACACUCGGGGUAAAACUAUGCAACACCAGCUGUCAGGUCGCUGUUUCACAUUCUGUUGUAACAACCCAGCUGACAUCUUUCUUUCUUCUUUCUAUCGGGAGCUUCUUAACAGAGGAGUUUAAGCAAUGGAAAUGUUUCUUGGUGAUUUCUUUUUCUUAUUCCUAAUAAUGGAGCUGUUUACACUUUAAUGCAAUGAACAAUCCAGCGAUACUUGAGAAACACUACAGAUACCAUAUGAGUGUUUUCAGGAGAGAGAAGUGUUGUCAAUCAGGUUUUGAAUGGUUUCUUUACUGUCACAAAUAAUAAAAAGAUUUUACCAAUGUA